UGCAACCCGUCGACCGAGGAUUGGAGGGAGGGACAGAGGGAGGGAGGGAGAGGCAUGGAAGGGGACAUGGAGAUCAGCUUGUUGAUCGACCAGGUGGAACUGAAGGAGAGCCUGGAGCGGACGGAGCAGCAGAGGUCCCGUGGGUGCAAGAUGGCGAUCACCGGAAUGGAAGCGGCUGACCUGGAGAAAGAGAAAUACCGCGAGGCAGCGGAAGGCGGCAGGGUUCUGGCAGUGAAAGGUGAAGAGAGAGUAAGGAGAACCUCCAGGGAUCUCCGUCAGGAAAUCAUCAGUCUGGGCGGAAUCCAUAACCUGAUUGAACUUCGGAAGAAAAGGAAAGAGAGGAAGAAGGUUCCAGCUCCCGAGCCCGAGGAUGAGGAAAUUCCAGGGCCAGUCGAGGUGCCAGAGUUUCUUCUUGCAGCGGUUCGAGGAAAGAUUGGAACUGUCAAGAAAUACUUUGCACACGGUGGAGAUGCUGACGCUUGUGAUGAGUUUAAGCGAACCGCCCUGCACCGAGCAGCUCUGGAAGGUCACACAGAAAUAGUCAUGGAACUUCUGGAUGCAGGAGCCACUGUUGACUUCAAGGACAGGCUCGACUGUACAUCUGUCCACUGGGCCUGUCGGGGGGGACGGCUGGAGGUGCUGAAAAUCCUGCGGGAGAAAGGGGCCUCGGUCAAUGUACAUGACAAGUUGCUCAGUACUCCGCUACACGUCGCUACCCGGACUGGCCACCUGGAGUGCGUCGAGUACCUCAUCGCCUGUGACAUUAACAUCAACUCCAGGGACCGGGAAGGUGACACUGCCCUGCACGACGCUGUUCGACUGAGCCGCUACAAGAUAACCAAACUGCUCAUUUUGCAAGGGGCUGAUUUGAGGACCAAAAACAACGAGGGGAAGACUCCCAUCGACCUGGUGCAGCAGUGGCAACUCGAAACUAAAGGCGCCUUUGCCCACGCAAACUAGCAUGCGGCAGUAAAACCAUCGUGCAACGUUUCCGCUAACAAAACUCUGACUGUCCGCUGAAUCUUUCCCCGCAAACAUCGCAGCCCGCAACUAAUUUCACUUUUACAGACGUACGAGAUUUACGAAAUCUUGAGAAGAUUGACAAGAAUGUCGCCAGGACUCGAGAGCCUGAGCUGCCGGGAGAGGUUGGGCGGGCUAGGACUUUUUUCCAUGGAGCGCUGGAGGCUGAGGGGUGAUCUUAUAGAGGUGUAUAAAAUCAUGAGGGGAAUCGUUAGGGUGAAUGCACCCUAGUCACCCGAGUAGGAGAAUCAAGAACCAGAGGACUUAGGUUUAAGGUGAAAGGGGAAAGAUUUAAUAGGAAUCUGAAGGUUCACUCAGAGGGUGGUGGGUAGAUGGAAUGAGCUGCCAGAGGAGGUAGUUGAGGCAUGUACUUAAAAUAAAUUCGGACAGGUACAGAGAUAGGAAAAGUCUAGAGGGAUAUGGGCAAAACAUGGGCAGGUGGGACUAAUGUAGAUGGGGCAUCUUGGACAGCAUGGGCAAAUUGGGCCAAAGGGUCUGUUUCUGUGCUGUGUGACUGUGACUCUAAACAUUGAUUCUGCCAAACGAAGACACCUGCAGGCCAAACAUUUAGCCACCGCUGACUGAUGAUGCGAGAUCCAGCCAGGUUGUUGGGGAGUGGGAUUAAAGGAGCCCACAAACCAAUUGAUGCUUCUCAGAAUAAUCACAAAGGUUGGACACAGAGCUCAGCGACGGGUAGUGCCGCUGCCUCACAUCCCCAGGGUCCCGGGUUCAAUCCUGACCUCGGGGGCUGUCUGUGUUGAGUUUGCACGUUCUCCUGGGGAGCGCAUCCUGGAGUUUCCUCCUACAUCCCAAUGACGCGCAUGUCCGUAGAUGAACUGGCCACUGUAAACUGUCCCUAGCGUGUUGGUGAGGGGUAGAAUCUGGGGGGAGUUGGUGGGAAUACGGGGCAAUAGAUAGGAAUUAAUGUGCGAUUAGUGUGGAUAGGUGGUCGAUGGCCCGCAUGCACUCGGUGGGCCGAAGGGCCUUUUUCCAUGUUGUGUAGCUCCAUAGUUAAAUGGUAGUGGAAUAAAAACUGAUAUUGUUAUUAGUUAUUAUUGUCAAAUGUAUCGAGAUAAAGAGAAAAAAAUUAUUUUGCGUGCUAUCCAGGAAAGGUCUACCAUACAUGAGUACAACAGGUGUACAGUGGCGCAGCAGGUAGAGCUGCUGCCUCACUGCGUCAGAGACCCGGGUUCAAUCCUGUCCUCAGGUGCUGCCUGUGUGGAGUUUGUGCGUUCUCCAUGUGACUGUGUGGGUUUUCUCUGGGUGCUCCGGUUUCCUCCCACACGCAAAUGACAUGCAGGUUUGUAAGUUAAUUGGCUUCUGUAAAUUGUACUUGGUGAGUAGGGUGCAAAUGUGGGAUAACAUAGAACUAGUGUACGGGUGAUCAAUGGUUGGCGUAGACUCGGUGGACCGAAGGAGCUGUUUGCAUGCUGUAUCUCCAAAUUAAACUAAACUAAACUAAACAGGUAGUGCAAAAAGUGUAAGGACACAGAGUGAAGAAUAUAGUUAAAGAGAAAGUGCAGAUAAAAAAAGUGCAAGGGCCACAAUAAGGUGGGUUGGAAGACCGGGAGUUUAUCCCUAGCUUAUGGGAGGACUGUUCAUAGUGUGAUAACAGCAGGGAGGAAGCUGUUCCUGAAUCUGGUGGUGUGUUCGUUCAAGCUUUUGUAGCUUCUGACCGACAAGAGAGGGGAGAAGAGGGAAUG